AUGGCGGCCUCAGGUUCUUUGAAUCUGGGAUCUACGACCGAUAGUACCCAAACUACAACACCAGCAAGUAUUGUUUCCACAACCUCAGCUACUCUAAGUUCGGGGCCGGGAACAACUUUGCCAUUCAUUUUACUCCCCACUUCACAAACGUCAGAGUUUGAUGCAGAGUUUCUCUCAAAAAAUGCAAGUCUCCUACGACGAUUAAAAGCGCAGCAGGCUAGAGAUGAGCAGAUCCUUGGUUUACGAACCAGGCUCUUUCAUGAAGAAGCCCCAAUAAGAACUAUGGGUCCUACAAUGGUUACCCCUCCUACUUUCUCCACAGUCGUUACUUCGGAAACAAAUACUGGAUACGUGCAGGGUGCAUCCGGACCUACGCCAGCAAUGGCAAUACGAAAUGAAGCACAGAUAGAUAUAAUCAAUGAUCCGGAACUUACCAAACCAUACCAUCCGGUUUCCAUGACAGCCAAGUCAAAGUUUAGCGCUCGUAUCACCCAUGCUAAACUCCAUCUGAAGCUCAAAAUGCCAACUACAGUGAAAAAAUACGAUGGCACAACUGAUCCGGAUGAUCAUAUGUUUGAUUUUGACGGACCUGCACGAGUUGAACAGUGGCUGAUGCCAGCAUGGUGUUUCAUGUUCGCACAAACACUAACCGGAGCUGCCCGGGUGUGGUUUGAUGCGUUGAAUGAAGGAGAGAUCAACGAUUUUGAAGAGUUCCGCAGACUAUUUCUCCAAAAUUUCAGCCAGCAAAGGCACUACUCCAAAGAAAUCACCGAAGUUCACAACAUCCGGAGAAGGGAUGGAGAAUCUCUGGACAGUUUCAUUGACCGGUUUAAUCGGGAAAGUAUGCAGAUCAGUGGAGUAGUUGAUCAGCUACGUAUCUCCGGAUUCUGUCACGGCGUUCGGAAUAAUCAGCUAGUCGAAAAAUUGCACGAAAAUCUCCCAAAGACGAUGGAGGUACUCAUGGAACGAGCCAGAGCUUUUGCUCGAGGCAAGAACGCAUGUAAUCCUGCUCCGGAGUCAGAUCACAAGAUGUCUUCAUGGAAGAAAAAUGGUGGGUCGGUGUUUGAUAAAACUCCACCGGGGGGCAGGGGACGGCCGCACCCCUACAGCAGAAAUGACAGACCUCCACGCGGAAAAAGCUCUGGGUCAAGAUUUUACAAUUUAUCAGAUCUCUCCAAAACUCCCAGCGAAAUUCUCAGUGCGGAAGGGGCAAAUUUCCCCGCUCCACCGAAACUUCGAAACCCAGGAGACAAAAAUUCCAAGAAAUAUUGUGACUACCAUCAUGCUCGGGGUCACAAUACAGAUGAUUGCUGGUCGUUAAAACAAGAAAUAGAAAAGGCAGUGCGGUCCGACAAGCUAUCGCAUCUAGUCAAAGAAGUAAAGGAAGGAAAGUCUUCAGGGAAUUCGGGAGAUAAUCCGAACAAUCAACCAGCAAUUUGCAUGAUCCGAAGGGUGGACAACCAAGGCAUCAAGCGGUCCAAUCAGCACUUGGCCGCUUGGAUGCAGCAACCCAUUGGUUUCCCGCCUGUCAGUCUGGAAGAAAUCAAGGAUGGACCAGUCAUAGUGUCCGCAAUCAUAGCAGGACACAAGGUUCGAAGAGUAUACGUCGACAGUGGAAGCGCCACCGAGAUCAUGUACAAACAAUGUUUUCAACAGUUAGCCCCACAGACCAAGGCGAAAUUGCUCCGAGUAUCAAUGCCUUUGGUAAGUUUUUCCGGAGAGGUGGUGCAGCCUUUAGGCCAAAUCACUUUGCCAACAACGAUGGGGGAAGGAAGUUUGGUUCGAACUGUCAAUCUGACGUAUCUAGUGGUCGAAGCAAGGUCCGUCCACAAUGUCAUACUAGGAAGACCCGGUAUGUGCGCCUUCGGAAUUAUCAGUUCUACCAUACACGGAGCGUUAAAAUUCCCCACCGAAGCAGGGAUAGCAACGCUGUACUCCGAAUCUACAAUCGGUGUAGCCGAAAUACGACAGAGCAAUGGUGAUAUCGAGCCUCCGAAUAUUCUCACGGAAGAAUGGGCUAUACACCCACACUUUCCUGGCCAGAAAAUUGCAAUUGGGGCUCAACUUCCCGAGAAAACCAAGAAGAAGUUAUGGAAACUACUGUCCAAUUCACUCGACGUAUUCGCCUGGCAAACCUCUGACAUGGUUGGAGUUCCUCGGUGUUUAGCCGAACACAAGUUAAAAGUGUCGCACUCAAUAAAACCAGUAGCUCAGAGAAAAAGAAACAUGGCCCCGGCUCGUAACAAGGCCAUCUCCGAAGACGUACGAAAGUUGCUGAGCGCCGGUAUUAUAAGAGAGGUGCGGUACCAAACUUGGGUCUCCAAUCCAGUAAUGGUAACGAAGAAAGACAAAACCUGGAGAAUGUGCGUCGAUUUUUCCGAUCUGAACAAUGCGUGCCCAAAGGACUGCUAUCCUUUGCCGGAGAUUGACUUAAAGAUAGACUCCCUCUCUAGUUUCCGUCUUAAAUGCUUCCUGGAUGCGUAUAAGGGUUAUCAUCAAAUUCAAAUGGCUUCGGAGGACGAAGACAAGACCGCGUUUGUAACAAAUGAGGGUCUCUUUUGUUAUACUAAAAUGCCAUUCGGUUUAAAAAACGCCGGAGCCACUUACCAGAGAUUAAUGGAUAAAGCAUUUAAAGAUCAGAUCGGAAGAAACUUGGAGAUCUACGUCGAUGACCUGGUCAUAAAAAGCCGGGUCGAAGACGACAUGAUAGAUGACAUACUCGAAACCUUUACCAAGCUUCGGAGUAUCAACCUUAAACUCAAUCCCAAAAAAUGCUCUUUCGGCUUAGAAGAAGGAAAGUUCCUCGGUGUAUGGAUUACCCAGUCCGGAAUCCAGGCACAUCCUGACAAAAUCAAAGCGGUAGUCUCCAUGCAGCCUCCUAAAACUAUCAAAGAAAUCCAGUCUUUAAAUGGAAAGAUCGUCGCCCUUCAUCGUUUUGUUUCAAAAGCGGCAGAUCGCUCUAUUCCUUUCAUGAACGUAUUGAAAAAACGAACGGCAAAAGGCCAAAUAGAGUGGACGCCAGAAGCUGAUUCGGCAUUUCAGGAGCUGAAGGUAUGCCUCGGAUCCUUGCCCACUUUAACCGCACCAACUACCGGAGAAACUGUCACGGUAUAUCUCUCUGCUUCCCAUUUUGCGAUAAGUGCAGUACUUGUAGUGCAUCGGAAUCAGGCACAAAUCCCGGUCUAUUAUGUGAGCCGCAUCCUGAAAGACUAUGAAACUCGGUACCCGAUGAUUGAAAAGUUGGCACUCGCUUUGGUACAUGCCUCCAGACGCCUCCGAAGAUACUUCCAAGCUUUCAAUAUAGAAGUACAGACUGAUCUUCAGAUCCAGCAAAUUCUCAGGAAGCCAGAGGUCUCCGGACGUCUCACCAAAUGGGCAAUAGAGCUCAGCGCUUUUGAUAUCACCUAUGGUACCAGAGGGCCAGUAAAAGGCCAGGCAGUAGCAGAUUUCCUUACAGAGGUCCCAACAGGAGAAAGUACCAAGGAAAAACCCAUCUUACCAAAAGUAUGGAACUUGUACACGGACGGGGCCUCCAGUAAAGAAGGGUCGGGAGCAGGAUUAAUCCUAAUAGAUCCGGAAGGAAUAGAGUAUACUUACGCUUUACGCUUCGAAUUCAAAACUUCAAACAAUGAAGCAGAGUAUGAGGCUCUCCUUGCAGGCCUGCAAACCGCAGCCAAAGCAGGUGCAACCUCCGUAUUAGCACAUGUUGAUUCAUUGUUGGUAGCCAAUCAAGUCAGCGGCGAGUAUGAAGCGCGAGAGGAUAAUAUGGUUCGGUAUCUUCAGCAGGUCAACAGUCUAAUCUCCUCUUUUGAUUCUUGCAAAAUAGUACACAUACCGAGGAACAAAAACAAAAAGGCCGAUGCCUUGAGCAAGCUUGCGUCCGUAGCAUUCUGUCAUUUAUCAAAAGAAGUUCUAGUUGAAACCCUGCAGAUUCCGGCCAUCCAACAGACGAAGUCAGUCAUGUCAGUCUCCACGCUCGACAAUUCUUGGAUGACUCCGAUCGUGGAUUAUUUGAAAAAUGGGACGCUUCCAGAAGACAAAGCUCAGGCUCGGAAGCUAAAAGUGAAAGCAUUGCAAUAUCAGAUGCACGAUGGUCAACUCUACAGAAAGACCUUUUUAGGUCCGCUCCUAAAAUGCUUAACACCGGAGGAAGCAAGUUACGUCAUAAGGGAAAUCCAUUGGGGAAUAUGUGGCAUCCAUGCCGGGCCAAGGAUGGUUAUAGCAAAAAUCAUGAAUGCCGGAUAUUUCUGGCCGGGUAUGCAUCAAAGCGCGGUUAACGAGCUCCAAUCAUGUGAAGACUGCCAGCGUCACGCUCCCACCAGCCACCGCGCCAAAAACAACCUCGUUCCCGUAACAUCGGCCUGGCCAUUUCAGAAAUGGGGAAUCGACAUCGUAGGUCCUUUCCCUAUCUCCACCGGAGGGGUAAGGUUCCUGUUGGUUGCUAUCGACUACUUCACGAAAUGGGUCGAAGCCAAACCCCUCCGGACGAUCACAGGAGACCAAGUGCUGAGGUUCGCAUGGGAAAACAUAGUGUGUAGGUUCGGAAUGCCUCUCUGUAUAGUAAGCGACAACGGAAAGCAAUUUGCGGAGAAACCGUUCAAAACAUGGUGUCAAAGAAUGCGCAUCGAACAGAGUUUCGCUUCGGUGGCCCAUCCCCAGGCCAACGGACAAGUGGAAAGAGCCAACCGAAGUAUCGUGGAAGGCAUUAAAAAGCGGUUGGGGAAGGAAGGCGUCUCAUGGGCAGACGAGCUCCCGCACGUCCUAUGGGCACACCGAACCAUGCCUAAGACGAGCAACAAAGAAACUCCCUUCAGCUUGACAUACGGCACCGAAGCUGUCAUACCCGCAGAAGUAGGGAUCCCCACGCCUCGCAUACAAUUGAGCCAACAAGAGAAUGAACGAGAAAUCCACCUAAAUCUCGAUUUAAUCGAAGAAAGGAGAGAACUCGCGGCAAUCCGGGAAGCCAAGUAUAAAAAAGAGUUGGAAAAACACUACAACUCCAAAAUUAAAGAAACCCGGUUCAAGGUCGGAGAAUAUGUGAUGCGGAGUAAUGAAGCGAGCUUAACCGAAGGAACGGGGAAGUUAGCUCCCAAAUGGGAAGGACCUUACCAGAUCACAACGGCUGGGAAGGACGGCAAGUAUACUUUAAGCAAGAUGGAUGGAACCCCCGUUCCACGUACUUGGAACGGAGUGCAUCUGAAGAAAUGUUAUCUUUAG